GGCUUGCCGAGUUCAGUCCGGACCUCGCUUUUGGCUUCCGUUCCUUCGCUCUUGCUUCAACAGUGCUUGAACGGAGCAGGAUCGCAGCCACCCCAUCCUUAAGUCCUUUUGCCAGCCAGUCCAACCAACCUCGAUUUGCACCAUGAGCUCUCAGAUCCGCCAGAACUACCAAGCCGAAAACGAAGCAGGCGUGAAUCGCUUGGUCAAUCAAUUCCUUCAGUCCAGCUACACCUAUUUGUCCUUGAGUUUUUACUAUACCCGGGAUGAUGUGGCACUGUCCAAGUUCGCCUCCUUUUUCCAUCACCUGUCUGAGGAGAAGCAUGAACAAGCAGAGAAGUUCUUGACUUUCCAGAACCGUCGUGGGGGAAGAGUUGUCCUGCAGGAUGUCAAGAAACCAGAACAAGAUGAAUGGAAGAAUGGAAUCAGUGCCAUGGAAGCUGCGCUGAAAUUGGAGAAGAGCCUGAACCAGGCCCUGCUGGAUUUGCAUCAGAUUGCUUCACGCCAUACAGAUCCCCAUCUUUGUGACUUCUUGGAGACUCACUAUUUGGAUGAAGAGGUGAAGUUGAUCAAGAAGCUGGGAGACCAUGUGACCAACCUGAAGCGUGUGAACGCCCAGGAGGAAGGCCUUGGGGAAUACCUGUUUGACCGUCUCACCCUGGGCGAAUCCAGCGACUGAGCCUAGAGGCGUUGACUCCCUCCCAGCUCCUACAGCCUUAAAUGAAUUAAAAGCUGGCUGCUCAAUAAAUAUGGCCUCUGAACCCCUAUCCAUUUUUUGGGGGGGAAGGAGCGGAGUCUGUAACUGGCAUUAAAUAAACUUGGCAUUAAGCACUA